AUGCAGUAUGCCGACCAUGCUACGAUGAUGCUCUAUCGUAACGCUAUUGACGGUGACUAUGCAGAUGAUCUCGUUUAUCGUAUGAAUUAUAUGAUGACAGAACAGUGUGCUGUGUGUACUCAACCAGGAUGGGAGAACUUGAAGGCCAAGAUCACCAUCAUGUUGGAGGGUUCUUGCACUGUUGGUAAAUACUGUCACAAGCUUUCUAUGUGUGCUUACGAUGCCUCAGCUUAUCCCGAUUCCACUGGUGGUAUUGAAUAUGCAUGGGAGUUGCUCAACGAGUUGAAGGCCCGUACAGUUUCUGAUGGUAUUCUCACACAAGAGCAGUUCGAUUUCCUCUAUGAUAUCCAUGGUUCCCUGUAUGUUGUUCAUAACUGGGAAUGGGUGAAGUGCUACUAUGGUGACAGUUUCUCUCUUGAGAUGGGGUAUUCCGAUUGUCUGGACCAAUACCACGAACUCGCUGGCAAGUGCCGAUCCGAGUGA